UUGUCUGUCCGUGCAGGUCAUCAUAUUUCAGAUGUACCUGCUUUAAGUUAGCCCUUUCAUAUAUGCGUCAACAUUUUAUACACAAGGAUAACAACACCAAGCAUGGAAGUAAGGGACAUGAAGCCAGGUAUUAAGAACCUGAACAUAAACCUCAUUUUAUUGGACAUAGGGCGACCCAACAAGACAAAGGAGGGACAUGAUGUGCGGACAUGCAGAGUGGCUGAUCGGUCUGGGUCUAUCAAUAUGUCCGUGUGGGAUGAACCAGGUGCCCUUCUACAGCCAGGAGACAUAAUUCGCGUCACAAAGGGGUACACAUCAGUGUGGAAGAACUGCCUGACCCUGUAUGUGGGAAAAGGUGGUGAACUGCAGCGGGUUGGAGACUUCUGCAUGGUCUUCUCAGAGCUGCCCUUUAUGAGCGAGCCCCAGGUCGAGUCCCAACAGCAGCAGCAACAACAGCAGCAACAACAGCAACAACAGUCACCGCCUCCGCAGAUGCAGCCGGCAGCGACGGGGGGCGGCCGCGACCCGCGCAGCCAGCCCUACGGCCGCGCCCAGCAGGGCCGCGGGCGCGCCGCCAAAAACGACCCGCGCGUCAAGCGGUAG